GAGCCAGACUUCCAUGAUGCCAUGGAAACGCGACGCUUUCCUGGAUUGACCAUAUGUUAUGAAUGACCUCUGCAAAAUAACAGUUUGUUAGCGGUAACAACAAGACACAGUAUGCCUCACAAAUCAGUUAAAGUGGUCGUUGAACUCCACCUGAGGGCGAUAACCUGUCCAGGGGUUCAUCUACCAGCCAAAGACGACGUUUACGUCAGUGUGAGUCUAAUGAAUAAAUACAGGAAGUCGGAAUGUCUUCCUGCAGUGUUUCCACUACUGAUUCGAGAGAAAAUAAGGUUUGAAAAGAUACUGAAUUAUGCCGCCGAUCCUGCAGCAAUAGCUGAAUUCCUGCAGUGUGAAACAGUGAAAAUUGAACUCAUUCAGUUGAUUCCUCCAGCUGGAGAAAUACUGGCCAGUUUCGAAGAAGAUGCUCGAUGUUUUCUUUUCCCAGAACCAAAGCUGGUCCCAUCUUUCUCUGGGGUGGAGAGAGAGGUAUUGAUGACACGACAUCCCACAUUUCCUGGAAUCUCUCCAAGAUUAGAGUUCUCCACAAAGACAACAUUCAGUGAAAUCUCCAGUGACAAUGGCUUCCUGACUGUUCCUGGGAGGGCAAUGACAAAGAAAACCUCCAAAAAGUCAUGGAAACAGGGCAGCACAUCAUCCCGAAGACAUCUCUCUUUUGCUCCAUGCAGUCAAAGAGAACAUCACGACAGAGAUCAGGUUCAGAGGUCACGUGGACGGUCCUCUUCCCAUUACUCACCCGUCUCUGACAGAAACUCCAGAUUAAGGAGUCUGUCACCACAUCAGUCAAGAUCAUCAAGAGAAGCAGGAGAUCCAAGAAGAAGCCAUUCCAGAUCAUGGAUGGCUGAUGAAGACUCCUCCGACACAGAUGAUCUCCUCGAUUACGCAGAGGAAGUGGGCCGUCAUCAUUCCCUGAUGGGAUAUGAGGGAUCUUCCAGCCCAAGACACUCCAGUGUGGAUCGCCAGAGGCACAAUGGAUCUCUCUUGGGUUCUCCUGACCUGUGGGAGGAGGUUCAGGAACGGGUUCAGAACCUUUUAACAUCUCCCAAAGCGGUUCACAGACUAGCCUGUGGUGCCACUGACUCUGAGAUAGAUGAGGUAUUGACACGCAGAUCUGUUUUGGCCAACUCAUGCCCGUUCUAACACCAGCGUGUGUUAUAAGGAAGUGAUGAAGCAGAGGACUUUGAGAUUUCCUGUGGUAUCGCAUCCUUUUCUAUUUAGUUUCAAGUGUGUAGUUGUUUUUGUAUUGCAGCUUUGAAAUUAAAUAUAUUUCUAGUGUUUUUGGUGCUUUUUGACCCUGUUUCUGGAGGCCCCCAUUAGUCCACACCUGAUUCAACUCAACACUUGAAAAAUGUGUGUCAGUGGAGACAAAGAGCAAAACAGACUCUUCUGACACUUAAAAUAGUACAUAUGCUUAACAUAACCCACAUAUAAUAAUAAUAAAAAAAAAAAGGUUGGCUCCCUUGUUGGAGCCGUGGUGCAGCAAUAAAAGCUUCAAAAGUGACAAUUCAGCAGUGCUUUAAAUAUACCUUUUUCUUCUUUCUUCUUGGCAUUUUUAUGCAAAUGCUGUCUGUUCAUUAGCAAUUAAAAUGAAAUACCUGCUUUAAAUAAUUGUCAAGUUCAAAAGGCUUAUUCUGUUUGUAUCAGGAAGCCGCAGGUGUGUCUUUGUCUAUGGCAUUUCCCCUA